UCCUUGCGGUAGAAGGGACUGGACAAUGUAACUAGCUCUCUGGAAAGAUCCACGUGGCCCUGUGUUGAGCAAGAUCUCUCAGACCCUGUCUCCUAGAUCAACCUGAGAAGAAAUGAUGUGACAAUUCUUAUCAAAGAGGACUUUUUGGAAGUGCGGGAUACCCGUGAAGAAGGUCACCCUUUCCCCGGUCUGUGAAAUAGACACUGUCAGAUUCCAAAAUGCCAGCCAAGACCCCAAUUUACCUGAAAGCGGCUAACAACAAGAAGGGAAAGAAAUUUAAACUGAGGGACAUUCUGUCCCCUGAUAUGAUCAGUCCUCCUUUGGGGGACUUUCGUCACACUAUUCACAUCGGCAAAGAGGGCCAGCAUGACGUCUUUGGAGAUAUUUCCUUUCUUCAAGGGAACUAUGAGCUCUUGCCUGGAAACCAAGAGAAGGCACACUCCGGCCAGUUCCCGGGGCACAACGACUUCUUCCGGGCCAAUAGCACCUCGGACUCGAUGUUCACGGAAACACCCUCCCCGGUGCUCAAAAAUGCCAUCUCCCUCCCGACUAUUGGAGGAUCCCAGGCUCUCAUGCUGCCCUUAUUGUCACCAGUGACAUUUAAUUCCAAGCAGGAGUCCUUCGGGCGUCCUAAGUUGCCAAGACUCAGCUGCGAGCCUGUCAUGGAAGAGAAAGUUGAGGAGAAAAGUAGUCUGUUAGAGAACGGGACAGUCCACCAGGGAGACACCUCGUGGGGCUCCAGUGGUUCCACGUCUCAGUCCAGCCAGGGCAGGGACAGCCACUCCUCCAGCCUGUCUGAACAGUACUCCGACUGGCCCGCGGACGACAUGUUUGAGCAUCCUGCCUCCUGCGAGCUGGGGAAGUCAAAGACUAAAUCAGAAGAAUCCCUUUCUGACCUGACCGGCUCCCUGCUCUCUCUGCAGUUGGAUCUAGGGCCCUCACUUUUGGAUGAAGUCCUGAAUGUCAUGGAUAAAAAUAAGUAACCAGGAGUCAGCCCUUUUUCUUGGGAGUAAGAGGUACCAAAAUAAGCAGAAAACAAAAAAAUGAUCUAACCACAGCCGAAGGAAAGAGCUGCUCUGACUGUUUUUAUUUGCAGCCAUGUGGUGCAUUUUUCUAAAAUAACACUCCUGUUCGUACAAAAUAUUUUUUUAACCAUCAUGCCCUGUUUGCAAAAAUUUUGAAAACAAUAAUUUUUAAAAAUUGAAGAAAAAAAAAAACCUGUUUCUGGCAGAAAAAGAGAAAUGAGGAAGUGAGUCAGAGCUCAUUUAAGCAGGCAUUGUCGGCUCUCAAACACCCUCCGUUUUGUUUGUAGAUGUGCACACAUCCAGGCUGUCUAGGAGGGCUGGGUCCGUGGUCUCUCCAAGGCGACUUACAGCAUGUUGGGAGAAGGAAAUCAAAACUUACUUAGCACCUACGCCUUUUUUUCUUGACUCUUUUGUAUAUUGUAUCUUUUGGGUUCACCAUAGCAAGUUCUCCAGUGUUAAGAUUUUACUCUUCAUAUUCGAACAACCUUACGGGACUUGGGAUUUUUUUUUCCUUGUGGUUCUUAUAUAUCCCUGUAUAUUAUUUCCGUGUUGCAAAAGUUUGACUGUCAGCUACAUGUUGGUUAAAAACAAGCAAGGUAUUACUGUAACUAAGUUAUUUUUAAAGUUGAAAUAUAUUUUUAUGCGCCUUUGGCUUUUCAUUG